AAGAAGAAGAAGAAGAAGAAGAAGAAGAAGAAGAACUUCUUCAGUCGCUUCCGUCCGUUGUUGUCAUGGCGCCGUUUCAAACUGAUGCCAAUUAUCCUCUGACAUUUACAACGUUACACGUGAUGUAUACUUUAAUUAGCCUCCCUGUCUGUAUAAUUCGCCUAUGAUUACUUCAUAUACGCGAUUUAGUAGUUAUAUUUUAUGGCAAAAUGGUCAUACAGACGAUUUUUGGGAUUAGCUUGAUGUAAGCGCAGUAAAUGUUAGGUAAAGCUAACAUUAGCGUUGGGAACAGUACGUGUUUACAUUUUUAUCAUACCUUGUUGAUAGUUUAUUUGCAAUGACUGAACAGUUCUUAAGGAAUGAUGCUAUUAUUAUGUUGGGACGCCAAGACAGAAAUUGGGUUGCUGUUGGCUCAGAUCGAAACGAAAACAAUCAUGAUUUGCGGACGUACCAGACAAAGCUAUUGUUCAGUGAAUCUUUCCCUGCCAGUGCCUUCAACCGUGCCACGCGUGUUGGCCCUCCUGUCCCUAUUGUGAUAGAGAAGCUGCUUACACGAUCAGAGGUGCACGAGAGUGUGGACAGCUCCAAACGCUCCAUUAGCUUUACGGCCCUCUCUGAGGAAAGGCUUCUGGCUGCAGUAAAGCUGGCCAAGAGGGAUCUAAGGCGAAGGCAUCUUGAAGGACUUAAAAAACUCCCUGCAAAACCUUUGCAAGAGUCCACCCUCUCAGAAACAAGUGAUGUGGAGCUGCUUCAGGAGCUAGGAGCCACCUCAAGCAAGACAGAGGCAAAGAUCUCUAGUCCAAAAGAGAGAAUAGCUCAAACUGGUGUCAAACAGCACAUUUUUAAGAAAAAUGUCAUUUCUUCGAUGCCUCAUGGUGGCCAGAUUCCUCCAACCAGAGACCCUGGCUUAAAGCAGGUGGCAAUAGAUAAACAAGCACCUUUAAGCAAUGAGAUAAACAAACUGCAAAAUGAACUGGAACGGUACAUUCAGAAGGUGGAGGAGUUGGCUAAAAGAGGAGGGAAAAUGGAGGAGCCAUUGGAACCAGAAGAGCAAAACAAAUUAGAGAUACGGAGACAGAAGCAGGCAGCCCACUCGGCACGAGUCAUUUAUGUUCUUCAACAGCAGGUUAAAGAGAUACAAGAAGAUGUUGAAAAACUACGAUGCGAGAAGACGUGGAACACCAAAAGGUCCAUUGCAAUAAACAGACUUGCAGCUGCCCACCGCGGGACUCUCAGGGCCUUACAGGUUAUCAUCCACCAGCUCUCAGAUCUGUCUUAUAACAAAGUGCCUCCGUACUAUAAAGAACUGGGCCAGCUGAUUCGUCAGCUCUCUUUGUGCUCCGCUAAGGUUGAGGUGAACCAGGGUUCAGCUGUACCUGAGACGGCCCUAGACAUCCUGCAGAAAGUGGAGAUUUUGGAUUCUGCUCUCAGUAAACAAGAGAUGUUUGAAAAGGUGCAGGCCCAGACCUGUCCUCAACGCAGCACGUCUCCUACCAGACCCACAUAUCCCAGAAGAGGAGUUUGUGUUGGAAGAAGACUAACUCGACGAAAACCUAAAAGUGCUUCUCAUCAGCCCACGAAGAGGAGGGAGGCGCUGAGGGUCGGCCUGCAGAGCAUCAUCCAGCAGAGGGCGCUGAAAGAGCAGCCGAGACCAUCUCAGAAAAACACAACCUGCAGGAAACAACACGCUGAGAGGAGAAAGACUGACGUGAUUGGGCCUAAUCAGAAGCAGAAUGCAGGUUUCCAGCUGCCUACAGUUUCGUCUCGGCUUCGAGUGAACCAGCAACCUGUAAAAGAGCAAUCUGUUCCCUGGAUACCAACAUCUCCUCAUUCCCGUCCUCAGCAACGUAAACCUGUUCGGAGGGGGAGACCAGAGCCACGUUGUCCCUUCCCUCCUGUGAAAAUUUCCUCGAGUCCAACCAAGCAGCAGCAGGAAGAGGACGGAGUAGAAACUGAGUUUUUGCUGAGCUCCGCAAAGAAGAAAGACUCUCAGAAUGAAGCAAUAAGGAAAGCCCAUCUUGAAGAGGUGAAUCGGCAGAAGCUGAAAGAGCUCAACCAUCUCAGCAAAGAAGAGCCUGAACGCACUCAGAGAUCAAGUGACGGCUGGCGGCGUGGGCGUGUUUUGGUUAACAGGUUUGAAGUUGUCAGGCUGAAUCCGUGGGCUGAUGGAGCUGAGCAGAAGGCCAGAGAGACACUUUUUCAUGAAAAACAGCAGGAUGGUGAGACCCAGAAAAGUGUCGAAACCUCGCAGAGGAUCCGGUUUUCUGAGCAGAAAUCAGACAAGGCGUCAGAUGCUGCUGGGCAGCGGUGCAAGGUGCUGCUGGAGGACUUGUUGGAGGACGACGCUCACGCUGCGUGGGCGGCUGAGACAGACCGGCGGGUGGAGGGCACGUCCCAGUGUGGACGGCAAGCCCCCACCCUAGAGAGCAUGCUGCUUCGUAUGGAGGAGAUACAGAGAGAGGAGGAGGAAGUGAGGAGACGUUUUGCCUCCAUCACCUAUUCAGACCCGCUCUUCUGGGAGCGGCCAGGAGCUGAAGGAUCUCAGUGCCAUGCUCCGGGCUCCAGGCCAGCUUCUCCUCAGCCAAUUAGACUCACACGGCCGGUGCUGAAACAGACUUCAGUGGCUGAUAUAGUCCUGGAGAAGCCUGUGGACACUGGAGGUUUCUUGGUUUGCAGCCACUUCACAAGGACACUGCCAGCUCAUUUGUUCAAAUUGAAUUCCUGCCUACAUCCUCCUCCUGCAUUAAGAUGUGUUCAAAGUUUCCUGUUGGAGAAUGCCCCGAUGGAGGAGGCAUCCCAGGAGGAGCAGCCACCAACAAAUAAAACCGUGUCCCCAGGCACAGCAGAUAGGAGCAGAACCGUUAUCUCGGUGUCAGGGUGCACGCUGAGGAACAUCCGCCGUUACCAGGACGACUAUGACACCUAUCUGCGUGAUGUGGCUCACAAUGUCGUCGGCACCUUCAACCCCUGGGCCGUCGUAGACAGCCUCGCAGAUGAGUUACUGUUGGAGGCGUUGGCUGAAGUCGCCGACGAGUUUCAGGAAGUGGUUGAGGAAUACGCCGAGGCUGUCUUCACCUCAGAGUUUCUGCAGCCGAUCCAGUCUCCCCCUGUUUCUUCUGCAGCUUUGGUUGGCCAAUAGGAUGCUACAGCAUCGUUAAAUAAAUGUGCUUUUAUUCAGGUUUUUUUUAACCAGAACUGUUUAUCAUUUUGUAUAGUUUUUGUAUAUUUUAUGAAUGUGACUUUUGGUUUGGGAUAAAUAAAUUAGUUAUUUUUAUUUAUUCUUUCCAACAAUGUUUUUAUCCAAUGAUUUUGCUGAGAUUCCUUUUAAAGUAGAUGUAUCAGGUGAUGUUGCUGAAUUGCACAAGGAGCAUUAGUCUCAUCUCUCUUCAUGGUCCAUUUGUAUGUGUGAUUGAAUCCCUCUGGGAAAGUUAGUUUAAGGUAGAUAAGCUUGGGGAGACCGGAACGACAUUACAGAGGAUUAUAAGAUUACUGCCCUCUCAUUGCACUUGGUUUAACACUCCCUGGGGAUUACUCACACUUUCUAUUUUCACAUCAGAACUAAAAUGCAAAUGAUUGCAUACGGUCUUCAUCAGGGUUUGAUCCGCUGUAAACCAUUUUGUUAAUUAAAUUGACUUUCUUAUUAAAUAACUCUGAUGCUG